UGUCCCUGUGUCCCUCCGGUCAACGUUAGCACGUAAGCACGGCGGUGCUGAGGGUGUGGACGUCCCGCAGCUCUCCGUCCACCGGAGAAAACACACUUCUGCUCUGUCUUAACUCCUCUACACCACAACAGGCGAAUAUAUCAGGUUUGUGUGAGUGCCACUGAGCCUCUGUGAUUGUGUCCCUCGGUGUCCCAGAAGAGGGACUGAUGCUGGGCAGGACUCGCCUCAACCCCUGGGGUCGCCUCUUUCGUCUGUCCCAGUUUAGUUCUGCACCUUAAGAGAAGAAGACCGCAUCAGGAAAAAUGGACGAUAUCUUCACACAGUGCAGGGAAGGCAACGCAGUGGCAGUUCGCUUAUGGUUGGACAACACAGAGAAUGACCUCAAUCAAGGAGAUGACCACGGCUUCAGCCCUCUUCACUGGGCCUGCAGAGAGGGUCGCUCCAGUGUGGUGGACAUGCUCAUCAUGAGAGGAGCUCGCAUUAACGUCAUGAACCGGGGAGACGACACGCCUCUGCACCUGGCUGCCAGUCACGGACAUCGUGACAUUGUGGGAAAGCUGAUCCAGUGCAAAGCAGACACCAAUGCAGCCAAUGAACAUGGGAACACACCACUGCAUUAUGCCUGCUUCUGGGGCCAAGACCAAGUGGCUGAGGACCUUGUGACUAAUGGGGCUCAGGUGAGCAUCUGUAACAAAUAUGGGGAGACUCCCCUGGACAAAGCCAAACCUCACCUGCGUGAACUCCUCCGAGAAAAGGCUGAAAAACUGGGACAGAACUUAACUAAAAUCCCCUUCAAGGACACGUUCUGGAAAGGCACCACUAGAACUCGACCCCGCAAUGGCACUUUGAACAAACACGCAGGCAUUGACUACAAACAGCUUUCUCUACUUGCUAAAAUAAAUGAGAACCAGUCUGGAGAGUUGUGGCAAGGGCGCUGGCAAGGAAAUGAAAUUGUUGUUAAGGUACUAAAAGUUCGUGACUGGACCACUAGGAAAAGCAGAGACUUCAAUGAGGAAUAUCCCAAACUAAGGAUAUUUUCCCACCCGAAUGUCCUACCCAUGUUGGGAGCAUGUCAGUCUCCUCCCGCCCCUCACCCCAUCAUCAUCACACACUGGAUGCCGUAUGGCUCCCUCUACAACGUGCUGCAUGAAGGCACCAACGUUGUGGUGGACCAGACACAGGCGGUCAAAUUUGCUCUGGACAUUGCUUGUGGAAUGGCUUUCUUGCAUACACUUGAACCAAUGAUCCCUCGCCAUUAUCUCAACAGCAAGAGUGUAAUGAUAGAUGAAGACAUGACAGCGAGGAUCAGUAUGGCAGACGUCAAGUUCUCCUUCCAGUGUCCUGGCAGGAUGUACUCGCCUGCAUGGGUAGCCCCUGAGGCCCUGCAGAAGAAGCCAGAGGACAUCAAUCGUCGGUCAGCAGACAUGUGGAGCUUCGCCAUUCUGCUGUGGGAGCUGGUGACCAGAGAAGUGCCGUUUGCCGACCUCUCCAACAUGGAAAUAGGCAUGAAGGUUUCCUUGGAGGGUUUGAGGCCCACCAUCCCUCCUGGCAUCUCCCCACACAUUUGCAAGCUCAUGAAGAUAUGCAUGAACGAAGACCCAGCAAAGAGGCCUAAAUUUGACAUGAUUGUGCCAAUUCUGGAAAAAAUGCAGGACAAGUGAAAAAACCCCUCUCCAGCCCUCGUUGAUUGAACCGACGAAUAUACAGAUUUUUUUUUUUUUUUUUUACCCCAGAUAUGACUCUGAUAUGGUGGUGUGGUGCUUACCAGUAUUGCCUUAAACUCUUACUCUACAGCUACAUUCAACGCCACUGUAGCUUCUGCUUCUGAGACGAGUCCAGCAGCAGUCACUCCUUUUAUAUUGUUUUUUUUUCUUCUUUUUUUUCAAUGUGAUAUCAAGUUUUUAUUACUGUCUUUGUCAUUGAUCUGCUGAUACUGUCUCGAAGCUUAUAGUAUUGACUGUUCAUCUUCUGAACCGUAAUCACGUGGACUGAGUACAAUCUUCUUCAAAUGACCGAAUAGCCUGUGGAGGUCAGCAUGACAGUGUUGGAUUGCUCCAGUUAAUUUAAGGCCUUAUUUUAUCCAGAGAGGGCUCACCGUUAAAAAGUCACCUUCUAAAGUUACUGCUCUUUUUAUAUUGUUGGCUUGUAAUAAUAACAUAUUAACCCAAAGCUUGUCUUGUGGGGAAAAAAGGUUUGUUGUUAUAGGAGCAACAUACGACUGGGAAAGCAUGACGAAUGUCUGAAAAGGAGCAUUUAAACAUGUAAGAUAAUUAAUAAAACUUGAUCUAAGUGAGUGGUGCCCUUGAGUGUACGUACAAGUAGCAGUGUUGUACCGGUCAGCUUGGCUGUGUAGUGGUGAUGAGCUUAUCUUGAGCAUUGGUUCCUGAAUGUAUCCUGUACAACCUGCUGACAACAAUUUAAAACUGGCCUUAUAAACCUUCUUUCCGUGCCACAAUACUGUCAGUGUUGAUAUUGAAAGAUUACAUUCAUAAUGCAGCGCAAGAUUGUCGAUUCUCUCUUGGUUAUUGUGUUUAUGUAAUCUGCUAGAUUACUUUUAUUUGUUCAUUUAAUCUAGUUUAUUUUCAGUACUUUCCCCUCAGUUUUUUACUACAUAGUCUGAAUUGUUAUCUCUACAAUAGGCAGCCUCUGUCAACAUGUCUCAAAGUCUUCACAUGAUCUCAAAUGUUAUUUUCAUGUUGAAUACUGGAAAUCGCUGUAGUCCAGCAUGUAGUGGUUUGUUUUCCUUGUGAGGAAUGAAUACUGCAACCCACACUGUAAUUUAUUCAUGGAUAUCACAGGUACAGUUAAAAUUAGUUAUUGUUUUGGGUGUGACUGGGACAUUAAGGGGUGGAAUCAACAUUGUGCAAACUGUUGUUACUUGGUCCUGACUUUAUAUCGAUCUGAUGGGUUGUUUCUCCCGCCUGCAUCCUUUCUAUGCCUCCACCAGCUUGCUUGUUUGUGCCGAAUCACAGGCUGAAGCCAAAAUCAAGAAUGACUUAUACAAAUGUAUGUAUUUAUAUAUAAGUAUAUUAAAAAUGAAACAUGGA